AUGCCAUGUUCUUCAAAUAUCCCAAAUGGAGAGUCAAUUAAAUUAAAAAGAAGACUUAUAAAUGUAAAUUUAAGUGAAUGGAAUUUUAUUGGUGAAUAUGAGAAAGAGGAAGCUUUUGAGAUUCUUCGAGUUCAACGAAAGGUUUCCCCUUUACGGGAAAGAGGAAAACAAUUUCUUACUUUGAGACAACAAACACUUAAGUGUUAUUUUCGAAAGCCAGAAAAGGGUAAAUGUCGUUAUCGAAUGUUGAUAUUUCGUGAAUGGGAUGGACAGCCUGCACAGGUUUAUGAGAAAGGCGUGCAUAAUCACAAACCAAAACCGCUUAAACAAUCUGAAAUUUUGUCGAUUGAACAAGCAAAACAAUAUUAUGAAAGCAUAAUGAGUUCAUUUAUUCAACAAAAUCCUGAAAAUAAUUCCUCAUUAGUACCUUUACAAAUACCUCAACAACAAAAUUGUUAUACACCAACAACUUCUAGAGAAGGAAACAAUAAUGGAAAAAUUUCAAAUUGUGAUUCUCGGAAAAUUAAUGGAAUGAGAAAUACUGGAUGGAGAUUUUCGUUAGCAAGUUGUUUUUCUGAGUUGAGAAUUUUAGCGGAUGGAUUUAUGUUGGAUUUGUCUUGUACAGAAGAAUCAAUGGUAUUCAAAAGACGAGACAAUCGAAAUACUUUCCUUAUCGUAUCAGAAUGUGGUCCACACAAGGAGGGUUUAAAUGUAGAGGAAUGUCGGAAUGGUUGUUUUAGUGAUCAUAAUGAACAAUGGAUUAAGGGCGAUAAACUUCAAUUUAUUCGUGCCAUGCGAACUCGAAUUCAUGAAUUUAUGGAGCAAAAGAAUCUCUGA